CGCGACCUUAAUUUGCGUACCGCCGCCAUAAGUACGCGGUCGUUUCCGGUGCGCCCCUGCGCUUCUCCUGCGCUGCGCUUCUCCUGCAGCGAUAGCCUUCCCGGUCUCCAGCUGCCCGCGCUUCUUGCCUCUUGCUUCUCGCCAUGCCGGAGCCGGCCAAGUCCGCUCCUGCCCCCAAGAAGGGCUCCAAGAAAGCCGUCACCAAGGCCCAGAAGAAGGAUGGCAAGAAGCGCAAGCGCAGCCGCAAGGAGAGCUACUCCGUCUACGUGUACAAGGUGCUGAAGCAGGUGCACCCCGACACGGGCAUCUCGUCCAAGGCCAUGGGCAUCAUGAACUCGUUCGUCAACGACAUCUUCGAGCGCAUCGCCGGCGAGGCGUCCCGCCUGGCGCACUACAACAAGCGCUCGACCAUCACGUCGCGGGAGAUCCAGACGGCGGUGCGCCUGCUGCUGCCCGGGGAGCUGGCCAAGCACGCCGUGUCCGAGGGCACCAAGGCGGUCACCAAGUACACCAGCUCCAAGUGAGUCCCCGCCGGGGACGCGCUGGCUUCCAAAGGCUCUUUUCAGAGCCAUCCCACCUUUCAGUGAAAGAAGCUGUCCUAAUUUCGAGUUUGCCUUUUUGGCUUACAUUGAAGUCAAGAAAAUUCAUCCUGUUGAGCACAGGUACCCACCUGUCAAGCAGUUGGUUAAUGUUGGGGAAAUCUUAAUGUGGGUUUUCUCAGCCAGUUGGGAAAUAUUGGGUAUAUGCUCUUAAAAUUUCUCUUGCCUUGGCCUUGUUGUAUCUUUCUACCUAGUGAAAUGCUAUUUCACAAGCUUGCCUACGCGGGAUAGAAAAGUCUGAACAACAACAAAAAGUCUGAACAAAGGCACAACCAUAACCAUGUUAAAAACGCGAGAUUUAAAAAAGAAGAAUUUUGGGCUGGGGAUGUGGCUCAAGCGGUAGCGCGCUCGCCUGGCAUGCGUGCGGCCCCGGGUUCGAUCCUCAGCACCACAUACCAACAAAGAUGUUGUGUUCGCCGAGCACUAAAAUAUAUAUAUAUAUUAAAAAAAAAAAGAAUUUUAAAUGAUUCUGAGGUGUUUACGAUAUAGGACCUCUAUCGUGUAAAACCAAAAUCAUAUGGUGAUAGUGUUUUCCCCCACUACCACUUUAAAAAGCUUUUUAGAUUUAAGGGUUAAUUGUAUAUAAGGGCAACAAAGUAUGCUGGAUUUCACAAUUGAUUUUGGGAAUAGUUGAAGAGGUCAAAUAUUUCACAACAGAGGUUGAUUGGUUUGAGAGUAUUUGUGCUUUGAGAACCCUUGGACUGUUUUAGUUGGGGAAUGAAAUAACAGACCUUAACCUUAAAAAAGAAACUUUGGGGAUUAUUGGCUGACCAUAGUAGAAGAACUUGAAGCUGUGUUUGGGGCUAGAGCUGUGGAAGUUUUUCUUUGAAGAGGCAGCAGUAGGAGCUGGGGCUAUGGCAAACCUAUUGCCUAGUGCAUUGGAGACCUUGAGUUCCACCCUCAUAGAAAUAAAUAAAUAAAACACUGCAUAGAAAUAAAUAAAUAAAACAGCAUGCUGUCCAUCUACAACUACAAAAGAAAAAAAAAGGCAUCAGUACAAUAGAGUAAGGA